AUGGAGUAUUGUAUUAAUUCUCAAGUUGACAAUUCUAGAAAUCUCAAUACCGUUUGUCUUGCUGCUAUGGGAACUUUAGCGUAUUGGGAAAUGUCUCAUUUAAAAUUUCGAGGUCGUUUCAUGUACAGUGGAAUAUUAUCUUGUGCAACAAUUCGAUAUCAGUUAUUAACGCAUUUACGUGCGCAUUUCAGAAUAUUAGGAGCAGAACCUGCAAAGUUUAUUUGUAAUCACGCUGUUCUUAAUAGUAUUAUUGGAUCAAGUUACUGA